AUGCACGAUUCAUGCGAAACGGGAGGCGCAUCCACUGCUGCCUCGCAUCCAGCCGAGAUGUCUUCAGGACUGAACCUGUCCUUCGGUUUCACGCCAAUGCAAUUUGAGAAAAUUGACCUGAGAGGUAACCACAAGCCGGGACCAGGUCGAGAAGGUAUGGGAUUGAGUGAGCACGCGAUUGAAUCUCUUGUUCUUUCGGUCGAUAACAUUACCCAUCUUGACUUGCGGGGCAACCGACUAAAUGCCGCGUUUGGCUGGAAACUCAUCAAGGCAAUGAAGAAGAAGUACCUGAAUCUGGAAUUCUGCAACGGCAUUCCGCUGCGGGCACUGCGCAUGAAUUCCAUACAGGUCUUGGAUCUGUCACCACGUGCAAGCCAUGUUGGAAUGCCAUGGCCAGAAGACUCAAAGGAGGCUGCUGUGGAGUUUGCCAACAGAGGAAUGUAUGGCAUCGAAGUGGUUGGUGCCAUAUUCUUGGCGCAUUUCUUGCGCCUCAAUACUUCAUUGAUAAGCUUCAACUUCAGGUUAAACCACGUGGAAAAGGACGGCGCCAAGGCUCUCGCGCAGAGCUUGCUUGGCAACGCGCAGACCCUGCUACAGACGGUGAAUACGAUGGGGCCGACCAAGAUGAAGCCGGGGAUCAACUUCUCCCACUUCAAAACCGGCCAACUGACUAUGGUGGAUCUGUCGAAGCGAGGCAUGGACGAUGAUGACUUCGUGUUCCUGGAGGAGUGGCUGCGCCGCUACGACUGCGUUACCGAUCUCAACAUCUCUUGGAAUUUCAUGUCUCGCGAUGGCAUUCGAAAGCUGACGCGUCACAUCAAGGAAACGAAAGUCUUGACCAAGCUGAACUGUGUGGGCCUUCCUGUCACACAAGAGGGAUCUGCUCUGCUUGCUCGUGCAGUCAUUGAAAAUCACACGCUCGUCCAAGUGGCGCUCCCGCUUGGGCAUUGCCACGACACUCCGGAGCGUCAGCAGAUGUUGCAACAGCUCGGGGUUGGCCUGGCGAGCCAUCCUUCUCUGCAGAGCUUCGCGUGUACCCGCACCCCCAAUUUGGAAUAUGCAUCUCUCCGCGAUGCAAAAGAGAACAAGGUCCGGGCCUUCCCUCCAGAGCGCAGCAGCGGAUGGCCACGAGCACAGAUGGCCGUGUACAUGUGGCUGCUGUCCGCCAGCAAGGCGGAGCUGGACAGGUUUACUUUGGGCCCAAGCGCAAAGCCAAAGGUGGAGUACCCGAAAGAAGCUUGCCAAGGUGCAAAUCCUGAUCUGAUUCCGGCGAGCCUUGGCAUGCUACACAGCGCUGGUCAGAUGUUGCGCCAGGUCUCCAUUGCACUACCUCUUGGGUAUGGACUGCGGUCGAUGGAGCUCCUUCGGGUGUUAACGGUUUGCACGUCCUUGGCCAGCCUGAAAGUCUUGGGUUUCGCUUCGGCUGUCCUAAAGGACACCCAGUUGCCGCCCGAGUGGACUUCGAUUGGCAGCGCGCCUCGGUGGUUGUUUGAGGACAGACUGCAGCGAAGGAGGAUCCAUUGGCAAGCGCUUCACGGUCUGCUGUCGGCCCUCCCCCACCUGGAGCAGUUCAAUGACCUGGCGCUUGGUGGACCAAACAUGAGAGAGUCGCCAGAGCUGACCUGCCUCCUCUUGAUGCAAUGCUUGGAAGGUGUAGCAACCGAGCUGACGGAUGGCGGUGGAAGUGGAGAGGCUUUGCUGAAGGCAAGCCUUCAAGCUGAAGCCGACGUCGAUGCUUUCUGUGACGUCCUUCGGAUUCUGAGUCGGACUCCCCUUCUCAUCAAUCUGAACUUCUCGGACAAGCGUGCAGAAACAGAUGGAACCCCAGAUGAACUGUUCUACUUGAUCCCGCGCAUUGGCGUAUACCAUGUCGACGACGCUUUCCGGGCACAGCUAACACAGCUGUACAAAGUCCUCAUACCUGCCGGUGGACAGGUGCUGGACUUGUGCUCUCAGCAUGACUCGCACUUGCCCACAGACGUCAACUAUGCGCUGACAGUGCAUGGUAUGAACCAGCUGGAGCUGCUUGCAAACACCCGGGCAGCAUCCCGAUUCACAAGAAAUUUCAACAACGAUCCAACUCUGCCAGAAUUCGAGGACGAUACGUUUGACGCUGUCCUCAUGGCAGUCUCGAUCCAAUAUAUGCAGAACCCUGUGCGGCUGAUAUCAGAAGUACGAAGAGUGCUCCGUCCUGGUGGAACCUUCAUUGUCAGCUUCUCGAACCGGAUGUUUUUUACAAAGGCAGUCGAAGUCUGGCGCUCUCAACAGACCAUGCGUGGCCUUGCUGACCUUGUGAUGGGCUACUUCAGUGAGGCAGGCUUCACGGAUGUCCGGGCUGCGAACCGGGUUCGUGGUGCUGUUGAUGAUACCGACUGGCUUCGUGGUGAUCCUUUCAUAGCCGUGGUGGGCAUAAAGGAGCCAGGCCGCGAUCUCAGUGGCCUGGAUGGGGUCAAAGCGCAGCAGGCUCGCUUGGGACCACAUCUCUCUUCGCAUGCUGAAGGAAUGCCGCGCUUCGUGCAUGCCAUCUCUCUGAGGAACAACGUCGUUAGCGAAGCACUGCUGCAGGGGCUGGACUGCAGCGCUGCACUUCGCGAGUUCGGCUUCGAGAACAUCUCGGCCGUUCUUCCCGCUCUUUUUGCUGCAAUGUGUGGCCGUGAGAAGCCUUUGCCGGUGGAGCGCAUCCGAGUCGAACCGAAGUGGAUCACCUCUAGGUUCGCGCGCAAGCGCUUCAAAAAACGCCAGCACAGUUGGCUCGACGGCAUACAGGCAGCACUCAUCCGAAGCGAUAGGUUCGUGGAACUCGUCAGCGCCGGAACGACCAUUUCGCGUGCUGAGAUUGAAGGCAUGGCGCCGAAGGACUUUGUUGAUGCUUUGACCGGCGUGGCACUGGAAGAGCCAUUCCCAGUUGAGGUUGAGAGACUGCACCCCCCGCAAAUCCAAGUCUUGUGCUUUCCGAGCCGGAGAGCCUACAAGGAUCCGCCAGAAGACCCGAGCCAGAACCUCUACUUGCCGCUGCCCAUGGAUGACGAGGCGCGCGGCGAGCUGCAGCUCCAGAAGGUUUCGUUGCUGAUGUGCGGCUUGAGACACAAGAUGCUGCAGGCCAGACCCGAUGAGUGGCCAGAGAGCUCCAAGCCACUGUGGCUCGGGCAGGGCAGCCACCUGCGCUUCGUCCGACCUGGUGAUGAGCUUGAGGCUCCACGCUUUGCCGAGGAGGAAACCGAUGAGGACCUGUCCGCUCCAACGCGCUUCCACUGGCGCCCGGACCUGCGCUUAGGCAGCAGCCGGGCCUGCGCCAGAAUCGCCGAGGAACUGGACCCGAGAGAGCCCACCUUCGCAGACAACUUGCUGCAUGAAUCACUUCGUAGUCUCCUUCAUGAAGAUAGCCCAGUACAGGAUCUAGACCUUCGAGGCAAUGGCUUGACCCGCGAAGAUGCGAACUUGCUGCUGGACCUCGUGUGCAACCACAGAAAUCUUGUUCGCCUCAACCAGUUGCCGGUCAUGGAGGAUGAAGCAGCUACAUGCAAGGUGUUACAUAUUGAUGGUGUUGGCAUCGUCGAGCCGGCGAAGCGGCAGGCUGGAGAUGAUGAUCCAUACGGCGAGGAGGAUGAAGAGGAUCCUGCCGACGAGGCGUAUGCAAAGGAGGCGCCUCAGAGCACCUGCCCUGGUCUGCCGCAGCUCUUGGAUUCUGCGAGGAGCAACAGCAGCUGGCUAGAAAUCUUGCGCGAUGUUAGCCACGCAUGCCCUGCAGUCACACGACAUCUCACGCACAAUUUCAUGGACAAACAGCGCGGCCAGUCUCGAAGGGGCAUCAUGCGAAUGCGAAUCCAUGUAAGCUCGGUGCCGGUGCUGGUGCUCGUCGCCUGGGCGCAAGUCGUGGAGGGAACGCUCGCGUGGGAUGGCUUGCGAGAUGGCCUGAAAGCAUGGCAAUCAUUCGAAUUUGAUUCGAGCUUCACUUUUGAGGUUGCAAACGGCAGUCAUGUUCUGUUUAGAUAUCCGGAUGGAGAUGUCGGAGAUCCGCUGCCGCUUCAGCAUUCAGAGACGAUUGAGAAGUAUGGCAUCGACAUCCGCAUCCAUGGCGGAAAAAGUGACCUUUUGCGCCAAGUCUCUGUUCCCGCAGUUCUGGCAAUUCUUGAUGGGAAGGACCCUGCAAAAGCUGCGGGACCAGGCAGCGUGAGCCGCUCUGAGCUGCUCUCGCGAGGAGGAGGAUUGACGCUGCCAGCUCUCGUCUCCUUGGUCAAGGGCCAUUCUUCGGCAGGUGGGUGGCAGCUACUGCAGGACGGCCUAGAUGCAUGGGCAUCGCUGGGCUGGGACAAGGACUUCUCCUUCAAUGUUGGCUCUGCGAAGGGGCCGCUCUACACCUACACCAAAGGUACGACAGGAAUGAACAAACGCUUGAGAGGCGCCAGUCUCUCCAAGUGGCCAGCCGCAUUGGCGAUUGCUGGCCUGGUAGCUGACGGUACGCUCUCUUUCGACGACAAGGCCAACAAGUACUUGGCUUGGUGGUCAACAGAUUCUGAAGAUCCCAGAAGCAGAAUAACCUUGCGAGACCUCAUGACCUUCCAGUCUGGUUAUACGAAGGAUCCCAAGCUCCUAUGCAGCUUCAAUCCGUGGGCAGACUUUCUUUCGUGCGCAAGGCGUUUAUAUGAGACUGCUAAGUUGACAAGCCCACCAGGAGAAACCUGGGCCUAUAUCUCGAUCCACCUUCAGCUGGCAGCAGCAAUGGCGGUCGCAGCUUCCGGUCUUAGACCUGACAAGCUUUUCCAGAAGUACCUCUACGACCCCUUAGGCAUGAACGGGACCACCUGGACACCUGCAAGGAAUCCGCAGUUUGCAUUUGGCAUCACAACGACGGGUUCAGAUUUUGAGAAGAUGCUGCAGAAGCUGCUCUCGUACGAGUUUCUUGGAAGGGAGGUUCUGUCAGAAAUGGAGAAGGACUGGUCUGCGCCACCCGUGUCUCCAUGCGGCGACGGUUGGUUUGGUCACUAUGGCAUGGGUCAUUGGUUUGAUUGCAUGGGCUAUGGAUCUGGCCAUGAUGAAGGAUCUUCAGCAGCACUCUCAGCAGUUUGCUUGAAGGAAUCAAUUCAAGCUGGACCUGGAGCUUAUGGCUACUUUCCACUGAUUGACCGGCAGCGGGGCUUCUACAUGCAGAUCGUACUUGCAGAGGACUCCCGAUGCCGCAGUGAGAUCCCAGAGUACCUGCGCAUAAUUGCAAAGCCUGUUGUUGACGCACUGGUGCUACACGAGCCAAUUUCAAACGAGCGACUUCUACAAA